AUGGACGAGGAGAUGCAAUCCAACACGUCACUGCCAGAGUCAUCAUCGGAUGCUACUGCUCAGCCGCAAGCAGAGGCCGUCACCGACUCGAAAUCGACCUCAACAACAUCAUCCAAGUCGUCUUUACUCUCCCCAUCCUCGUACACCAAUUGGGUGCGCUCGACUCAGCGCAAGCUCAUCAUCGCUGCUACGCAGGGACAGAGGCCGCCUGAGACACUCGUUUCUAGCCUCGAUGAAGCUCUCAAUGCCAAGCGCAACGCUCUCGUUCUCAGCUCAAGGGAGUGGAAUGUCUACCUCGCCGCUAGCAUAUGGCGCGCUUCGUCUUCUUCGUCUUCGUCUUCGUCUUCGUCUUCGUCUUCGUCUUCGCUCCUCUCCGACGUCGAUGAGGUCAGAGCCAUCAUUGAGCUCCACGGCGAAGCCACUCGAUCAACAAAUGGCUCAGCCCUCGAUCUGUCGGCCUUUGUCACCUACACGGACCUCGUCCUCUCACUUCACUACGCCUUCGAAGAGGUCAAGUCACGCCCGACGAACUUUUGGCAAGACGACGAGGACUCGCAAUGGACCGUAGAGGGUGAAGAGGACCUGCUGCAAGAUUGGACAGGACUAAAAGAUGGUCCCAAAUUCCUCAACCUUCGCCACAAGGCGACCAAGUACGGCAUCACCGUCGGCUACUCGGCGUCUACUCUCCCCUCGAUUCUCACUCGCAGUCAGGCAAAAGCAGCAGCAGUCGAAGCCGCAUGGGACUCGCUCCUUGGCGAAAGCAAUGUCCGUGCUUUGAUCAGGGAGGCAAACAGCCGUGCAGCCGGUGAGCUCAACUGGAGUCACCUCCUCUGGGAUUCGUACCGCGCCUUUGAGCUGCACCACCUUAAGCGGGCAAAGACGGCCGACCGCAUCGAGUCAGUCAAGCAGCUUUUCCUCGCCAGGCUCAAGGUGCCCCAUCGCACCCACGAGGCUACGGCUCAGGCCUUUUCCUCUUUUUUGUCCUCUUAUCUGCCACCCGAUGCCUAUGAGUCCACUAUGGCGUCGCUGCAGAGGGCCUAUGGGGCUGCUAAGGCUACGUGGUCUUCUGUCGAGAUUUUUGAAGAUAAAGUGCGGGGUGCGAGCCCUGCGCUCGGGCUCAAUGUUGAUGAGCAAGCCUCUUGGCAAGCAUGGCAGGCGUACCUGCGGGCAGCGGCAUCUCGCCGCCACGCCGACGUUGACCUAGUGAGCGCCCUCUUCGAGCGCUGCCUCUCCUACUUAGGCCUCCCUGAAUCCCUCGCUACCGUCCAAGAGGGGCAUGCCCCCAAUUCACAAGGCGUAGCAGCAGUCAAGGCUGCCCGCCAAAAGCUUCCGAAAUCACAGCGGCAGGACGCUGAGCUAGCAGAGAGGCAAGCUCUGCGCCAGCGUCGAGCACAAAGAGAAGGGGUAUGGUUCGACUACCUAGCCUUUUUGACCUCGCGUGGCGGUAACAAGGUAUCGGCGACGCAGAUCAUCGAGGUAUGCGACCGGGCGACGAGGACUCUGCCUGGGGCUGGCCUUCUCUGGGCCACGUACCUGCGCCAACUCGCUCAUCAUCAGCGGUCCAAGUCGCACAUCGAUGAGGUCUUCAGCCGCGCUUUCGACGGGGGUCAGUGUUCUGAGGAGGAUAAGGAGAAGGCGCGGGACGAGCCGGAAGACAUCAAGGGAUCAAUGGUGGAGCUUUUCGCUGGACGAAUCGAUGCAGAGCGUCAGCUCCUUGCCCUUGAUUUGGCAACGCAGCAAGGCCUGGAACUCUCAGAGGCACUCAUCCAGCUACCCAAGGACCCGAAUGCCUUCACCGAGAUCUUUGCCAUGAUCGACUGGGCACUUCAGCUUCCCGCAGGUGAGCGAUCCGCAGCCUCCCUCGACAAGGGCUUGCGACUGCACCGCCUGGCCUCAUCAUGGGCCGAAGCCGCUGGCCCUGAGAUGGCCCAGCUUGCAGACUCGAUUUGGGAGAACGCGCUCACGCAGCAGCCUACAAAUGCAGAAGUAUGGCUGCAGUCCGCUCUCUACCAUAUCCGGAUUGGCAAUCUGAGCAAGGCUCGCUCCCUCUUCCGGCAGGGGACGGGACGGGGCAAGAUAUCGGACACGACGCAGCUCCUUGAAGCUUGGGCGAGGUUCGAGGCCAUGUAUGGGUCAGGAGACGAUGUUUUGCGUGCGGAAGAGAGGGCGCGAAGGCACAAGGAGAAGCAAUGGGAGCAGUGGGCACAGUAUGCUCAAGCCCAGCAGGAGCAGUAUCUCAAUUACACGUCUGCUGCUGCCGGUAGCAGUGGUGGAGCAAUGGACGUAGAUGGUGGAACUGGUGAGGCAGCUGAUGAGAGUGGCACAUUUGCCACGGGCAAGCGCAAGGCGUCGAACAGCGUCGCGGCUGAGCCAUCUGCAUCGUCGUCAUCAUCCAUGGCCAUCGACACGGCCGCGGGCCACACCCUGCCCAACCCAAUCAACGGCGCCGAGUCCUCCAAAAAGGGCAAAGGAGGCGACGCCUCUCAACCCACACGAGAUCGUGAGAAUAGCUCUAUCCUCGUAUCCAGCCUACCCCAUGAUGCGAGCAUGGCAGACUUACAGCGUCUCUUCGCCGAGUGCGGGGCCAUACGCGAAAUCAGCGACCCCGUCGCUAUCCCUGGAACUAACACCGCAGCGGGAGUGGUGGAAUUCAUGGAUCGAUCCUCAAUCCCUGCUGCGCGCACGAAGGACAAAAAGCGCCUGCGUGGGGAGGAGAUCACCGUCAGCUUGGGGUGGGAGUGCACGCUCUACGUGACCAAUUUCCCCGCCUCGCACGACGAUGCUGCCAUCCGCUCGCUCUUUGGUAACUAUGGGGCAGUGUACGACGUCCGUUGGCCGAGCAAGCGCUUCGAUUCUUCCCGCCGCUUCUGCUAUGUGCAAUUCACGAACCCAGCAGCCGCAAAAGAGGCGCAAGGAGCGCUCCACCAGCAUCAGCUCAACGGCGCGGAGGGCGCGUUGCAAGUCCACCUAUCAGACCCUGCUCGCCGCAAGCAGCGCACCGACGCUCAUGCUAACGAGCGCGAAGUCUUUGCGCUAGGCAUCCCACGUAACUGCUCGCGGGAGGAGGUCUUGACCUUCUUCCAAUCCCUGGGCGGGACGGUUGAAGGCUUGAGGCUGCCGGAGAGCUCCCGCUCUAAUCGUCUCAAAGGUGUGGCGUUUGUCGACUACCGCACCGAGCUCGAAGCCCGACAGGCGGUUGCGGAACUGAAUGAGCGACUUUUGAGGGGGAAGGCAGUAAAGGUGCAAAUGGCAGAUGCGGAGCACCAGAGCUCACACGGAGGGAGGGCGAACAGCGCUGGUGCUGGAGGAGGUGGCGGAGGCGAGAGUGGCGGUUUCGCCUCUCGUGCGGUUAAAGUGCGCAACCUUCCCCUCGAAGCUCAGGAGCCCCUCGUCCAGCAGCUGUUCGAGCGCCUAGCCGGAGGGUCAAGCAGCGUCAAGAAGGUCGAGUGGACACCUUCCUCCUCUUCUUCCUCGGCGCCUUCCGCCAUCGUUGAGCUCGCAGACACAGCGACCGCAGGCAAAGUGGUCCUAUUAGGGGAGAGUGGGCAGGCUAUAUACAUUCAUCCCACGGACGCCGCAAGACGGCAGCAUGUCCUGAGCGUACAGCCGCUCGAGAGGGGGGCUGCCGCGGCGGUGAUUCGGUCGCCCUCGCCUGGCUCUGCAUCGGGCUCGACGAGCGCUGCAGCGCCUACAGCAUUUGUGCCUCGACGCACUGGCGGGGGUAGAGGAAGGGGAGCGAGAGGAAGGGGAGGGCUUGGCUUCGUGCCGCCUAGGUCUGCGGCGGGUGAGCAGAAGCAGCCUCCCGCCGGGAGCAACGCGACGAGUAGCAGCGGGAUGGACGUCGAUGAAGGUAGCAGCGGCAGCGGCGAGAGGAAGGGCCAGGACGCUUUCAGGGCUAUGUUGGCUGGCGGGGGAGCAGCCAAGUAA